UUAAUCUUUAGACAGUGAAACACACACACACACAAACAAAAAACGGUGAAUUUAUCAAAUAAGAAUAACAUUUUAAUUGUGAUUUGAUAUCCAACGUCUUGACGUAAAAAAUAAAAUGGUUUGGUUUGGCGGUUGUGUAACAGAGAUACCGAAUCACAAAACAAUGAAGCCCAAUGAGAGCAUUAGUGAAGAUCAGUUUAUAAUAUCUAGUGGUCAAAUAAAGUCCCAGGUUGAUACAAGUUCUGGCAGUGACACUCUUCAGCUUAUUCUACAGUCAGACCAUAAUUUAGAUUCGAAGUCGAUUAUGUUCGAUUUAUCGAAACUACUUCAGGACAACCCUAAUCUAGGACUCAGCAACGGACAACAAAGAGUGUUAGCUAACUCCCCACCAAGUUAUUCUCAGCAUCAAGGGAGCUUGGCGCCACAUCAGGUUGGAGGCAUGGCGCCUCAAACUUCGAUCGCGCCUCGUGGUGGAGUAGGACCACAGGGAAUGCACAAUUCUGGCAUGCAGGGCAUUCCACAGGGGAUUAAUAUUCCUAAACGUACAAUGUUUAACAUCGGGCAGUCUGACUUAGAUGAAACGUUUUCUGUAAACACCGCUUCAUCAUCAUUUGGGGCUUUUGGACAAGGUUCAUAUGAAACUAGUCCGAGGCCUGUAUCCUCUCCAGUACUCUGGGAUUCAGGACAUAUUCAGAUAAAAGAAGAGGAUGAAGCUGGAAUAAUAUUAGAUGGACAUUCAACUCAUAUCAGACACGGGAGUCAAAGCUUUUAUCCAAACUCCGAACUAACACUUGCUCAGCUCAAUUCACCACCCAACGAGGACAUUACAAUGACGACCCUGAAGAACUUAGAAGAGUUGGAUUCUAUCAACCUCGACCUCGACAUUUUAACCUCGGACAUCCUCUUCCCCUCACACACAUUCACAGAUAUUAAGAUUGAGUCGGAUUCGAUUGGGAACUCGAUGUUCCAGUGGGGUCGAGAGUCUCAGUUAUCUUCCUCUGUACCCGUAUCAGUUAUCUCAAGCCUCCCAGAUUACCAGGGUGGUUAUCACUACGUACAUUCUCACAAUGGAUACAGACCGAAGGAAUUGUCAAAUUUAUCUAAUGGAGGACCUGCUAUAAGUCCCUCGAGGUUAACCCUUAGUCCCUCAAACCUUGCUAUGAGUCCAUCCAGAACCGGCCUCAGUCCACCUGGGCGAAGUAAUCUUAGUCCACUUUCACAACCGCUUAGUCCACUAAUACCGGAUAGUUUGGUUGCCGGGUCUAGAAAUUCUACAUUACAUGAAUUAUUAAUGAGACAGGAUCAAUCAGUCCCUGAUCCUAUCCGGCCUAGAUCAAACAGUAACCAGUUCAAAUCCGCCAAACGACCCAUAGGAACCAGACAACGGAACUCUCUCUCCAUAUCCAAUCCACUUCUCGCCUCUCAGCUCUCAAAGAGCGCGCCGGUCAAAACUUUACCUAUAGAGAAGAUGAUUUGGUCACGACGAGAUCCAAGACCUCACAUGAACUCUGUGUGUUCGAAUGCUGGUGACUCAAGUAUAGCUGAUGAAGUAUCGGAAAUUAUGAACAGUUUAAGUCCCGGCGAACUGAACGAUAUUGACAGUGAGGAUGAGUUUAAUGAGACCGAGGAAUUAGAAUCAGAUGAAGAUUUGCGCAUAGAUGAGGAUGGGGAAGGGGGGAGCUCUAAGAAGGAUCGUCAUUUCUGGCAGUACAAUGUGCAGGCCAAAGGUCCUAAAGGGCAGAAGCUUGCCCUCGACACCAAAAUAACUGAUCCUCAUCAACUAAACGAGAUUAUAGAUCCUGUAUUCAGUGAUAGUGUUCAAGUUCACGGUAUCAAACACAGUGGAAAGGCUAGAAGAGGAGAUGGUAAUGAUCUGACCGCUAACCCUAAGAAGCUUGCUGCUAUUGGAAAAGAACUUGAUAAACUCAACAAGGAAAUCAACUUGAUGACUCCUGUUAGUGAAGUUCCAUUUUCAACAAGGACGAAGACCCGGAAGGAGAAGAACAAGCUGGCGAGUAGAGCGUGUAGACUGAAGAAGAAAGCGCAGCACGAGGCCAACAAGCUCAAGCUUCAUGGACUAGAAGAAGAACAUAAUGAAUUGAUGAGAAGUAUUCACGGUGUGAAGGAGAUACUCCAGGCUAAGUGGGCGGGAGCCCAGGGCGGAGCCGGACACCAACAGUUAUCCGAGGAGGCGGAGAAAAUUUUGAAAAAAGCUGGCAAAAACCGAGUAGCUGGACAGACAACUGAAUAUGUGAACAGAAUGAUAACUAAAUAUAGUUAACUCAUCAAUAAAGGCUUAAUAUAGUCAAGCUAGUUAUCUCCAUAGUAUACACGCUAUACAAUACACAUUCUAGCUAGUCAAGCUAGUUAGUUUUAUAUUGUACAGGUUGUACACAAUGCAUUCUAGCUAAUCAAGCUAGUUAUUAGCUUUACAGUGUAAAAGCCUACAUUACUUUUUUUGUUAGGCAAGCAAAGUGGCAUUAAAGUUUAACGACUAUACAGUAUACACAAUACGUUCUAGCUAGUCAAGCUAGAUAGCUUUAUCGUAUACAGGCUAUACAGUAUUCACUAAAUAUUCUAGCUAGUCAAACUAGAUAGCUUAACGUGUACAGGCUAUAGAGUAUACAAAUAUGGUCUAGCUAGUCAAGCUAGAUAGCUUUAUCGUGUACAGGCUAUACAGUAUACACAAUACGUUCUAGCUAGUCAAGCUAGAUAGCUUUAUCGUGUACAGGCUAUAGGGUAUACACAAUACAUUCUAGCUAGUCAAGAUAGCUAGUAUAGACAUACUUAGGUCAAACUAGCUAUUUAAUCUAGAAUGCUUUAAAGGGAUAUAUAUUUAUUCGUUCUGUACAUUAUUUAGCUAGUUGCUGUUUUUUAUAAAAAAAGAACAUUUGAAAGAUACACAUAAACGUCUCUAUCUCUUGAGAUAUGUUAAAAUACGUAAACGGCUGUGAUGUGGCUUAAUACUAUAAUCAAAAAGCAUUGAUCUAUAGUAUGAAUGCAAGCAAAUUUUUUUUCAGGUAGGUAUAGGGUGCUGUACAGUUAAUGCAUAAAAAAUGUCUCCUCGCAAGUUGAUGUCCGUAUCUUGAGUCCCUUUUCAUAAAUGAAUGUACAAAUGUCGAGCUUGUCGUGUUGGUUUCAUGUUAUUGUCUGAUUAUAUUAGAGAUUAGACGAAGGGCCAAGUUUCAUAACGUUCCUUCAAAAAUGGAUCCAGUUUUUUUCUGUCACAGUAAACUCAAGUUCUGCAUGAAUUUUUAUGCAGAAGAGUAAAACAAUGCAACGUUUUAAUUGUUAUGUAAAUUAAAUGAAUUUUUGGCUACAUCGUACUAUUAUACACCUUUUCUGCAUGAAAACCUUAAUUAAUCUAUAUAGUAAUUAUUAUUAUUUUUCAUUUAUCCCUGGAUCUUUGGCUCUCGUCUAGUCUCAAUUAAAACUGAAAUUCAAAAUAAUUUUGGCGGAUUUCUGAACUUUCUUUAAUGCGGGUUUAUUGAUGCUUAGUUUAUAGUUAUAGUGUUGCAAUGUCUACUUCGAAUUAUAUUGAAGGCCAUUUUAUUUAAUUUGCAACAUAUUCAAGAGAAAAAGAUAUUCGUUGGCUUCAAAUUGAAUCUGCAUCAGCAUGAUGAUUGAACCAGCUUUUGUCUCGCUUGCAGUGCAGUGCAGUGCAGUGCAGUGCAGUGCAGUGCAGUUCUGCUACACACAUAUUUACAAUUAAACUAUUAGUAAUCAAGUUUAAAUGUAAAUCAAAUUAAAACCUGUUGAGCGCCAUUAAUAAUCAGAAAUGCAAAAAUCUCAGUUAACCCAUUUUAAGCAUAAUAUUUAACAUUCAAAUUACAUCUGUGUCAUGUAAAACAUAUUUUUUAUUCAACAUAUAUGUUUUCUAUUUAAUCCAACAUAUAAAAUGUUUUUUUUUAUAAUUGAACUCUUUAAAAGUGGCGGAAACAAGAACCUUGUUAAUAAAAAAAGACGACAAAUUGUUAUUGUAAUAAUCUGCAUAUCGUUUCUAAAUAUAUUUGAUGUAAUCUG